AUGUCAAACGCAAUGUUUCGCCUGGAAUCCCUUCGUACAUGGAAUCCUUUCCAGGACAAAGCCCAACCUCGAGAUUCUCUCGAUAUUUGCUGCUACCCAAGUCCUGUUUCGAUGACCGCUACCCCGCCUCUCUCCAAUCCUAUCGACCCCGUCUCAAAGAAUCAAAAAAGUCGUUCCUACAAACCUGGCCAGCAUCCCCUUCCUGCCCGCCCCCCAUUGGAGGUUUGCUUGGAUGGCGGUCUAUAUUCGGACGCUCAAACCACUCGACACGAGCCGGAGGAUUUGGGCCGCACCCCCUCCAGUCCUCACGCUGAGACUUUCGACUCUGAAGACAUUUUGCAAUUGCAAGACAUACCAGGCACAGAAGACGUUGAUUCUGCCACAAUUCCCGAUAAUGUUUGUCUGGGUGCUAAGCAUCGAUCCCCCGGUUUCGGAUCGUGCGACUUGGAGCCUGCCGUUAUUGCUGAUCAGCACCACCAUCAAGCUGUCGAUUCUGGAAAGCCUACCCAGACUAGAGAGCUUCCAAACACUGAAACAAUCGAUCCCGCAAUCCUCGACGAUCAUGCCUUUCCAGGUGGUGAGCAGACCCAAACAACGGAAAAUACCACCGGCAUCGCAAUAUGUCCAGACAGAUGUCUCUUGGAGUGUUCCCACUCUCCGAAUCAAGAUCCACCUCUUCAAUCCAGACGACAAAAUGCAAAGCGAACGGCGGCUCCUGGUCGCCAGUCCAAAAUAAAUGAACGUUCGAGUGCUGGGAAGAGAUUUUCAAAAAAAGGUGCCGCCCGGUCCAAUAAAGGGCCCCAUCGUCGCAGCAGCGUUUCAUUUCCUACCGUUCGUGCUCAAUUCUCGGCCCUCCCCGUCGAAGACCGGCUAGAGUUCUUGCCCUGGUUGUUUGAGGGUGCUUUAUCUCAUUGUAUUUCUACGCCUUUGAGCACAGAUGCCACUGUAUCAAGAUGCAUCGCAAACCAAGAUUCAGACAUCACAUACGACUGUGACCAGCCAAGCCCAAAUACCGAACUAGCUGAUGCUCAACAUACCCCUUCCCUUGUAUGA